CUUUUUUAACCAUAAAUAUGUCUCAGCUCACUAGUCCUUCUAUCUCACGCGCGCCUGUCUCCGUCAGGAAAAUGGCACAUAUUCUUAAAGAGCCAUUCAUACUAUCUAGUAUUGCAACAGUUGGGGCUCUUGUUUUGGGCGUUGGUUCCUGGUAUUAUUUAACUAGACAACCAACUCGUAUUCUCGAAAGACAUGCCAUUAAAGAAUUUAAGCUUGUCGAAAAAAUACCUGUCAACCAUAAUACCAAUCGUUAUCGUUUUGCUUUACCUCGCAAAACCGAUCUUUUAGGCUUGCCUAUUGGUCAACAUGUUACUUUAGUUGCUAAUGUCAAUGGCGUUGAAGUAUCAAGAAGCUAUACACCUACUAGCAGUGAUCAGGAUAAAGGAUUUUUUGAAUUAAUCGUCAAGACAUAUCCCAAUGGAUUGAUGUCUCAACAUUUAAACAACCUCAACAUUGGGGACAAGAUUGCCGUCAAGGGCCCUAAAGGUGCAUUUUCAUAUACCCCUAAUAUGGCAAGAGAAAUUGGAAUGGUAGCAGGUGGCACAGGUAUUACACCAAUGUAUCAGAUCAUUGCUGCUAUUUUGCGCAACCCCAAUGACAAGACAAAGAUUAGUUUGAUUUUCGGUAAUGUCACAAAGAGCGACAUUUUGUUGGAAAGCGAAUUAGAAGCAUUAGCGGCAAAGCAUCCUGAUCAAUUUACUAUAUACCAUGUGUUAAACGAAGCACCUGAUGAAAAUUGGAACCAAGGUGUAGGCUUUAUUACCAAAGACAUCUUGGCUGAAAGAUUAUCAAAGUGUGCUAAUGAUGUGAAAAUUCUUGUUUGUGGUCCCCCACCUUUAGUCAAGGCUGUCACCAACGCAACAACUGAAUUGGGCUACGAGCCUCCUAGAACAGUGAGUAAGCUCACUGAUCAAGUAUUUAAGUUUUAAUACAUGUAACUGUUAUAAUGAUAAAGAAUG